UUCACUGCUGCUGACAACCUCUCUCUGUCCAAGCAUGGCGGCGUUCGGAGCUCUCCUGCUGCGAACAACAACCUCGGCGACCUCUCGGGCGUUGUCUCGGAAUGCGAAGGGUGCUGCACGGCAGUGCCGUGAGAGAUGCGGCGCCGCAGCAGCAGCGUCGGCAGCAAGAGCAGCCGCAGCACCGAGCGUCGCCGCGUUGCAGCAUUUGGAGCGAAGGCGGGGCAUUUCUUCCACCGCAAGAGCUUGCCAUGGGGAUCACGAAGAGGGCUUCGAGCACGCGCAAACGGUGCAGAUAACGUGGGAGAACAAGGACGGCUUGAAGAAGACGACGGCCAAGUGCGGCAUGAACCUCAUGAGGGUGGCGCACAAGCACGGGAUCGACUUGGAAGGUGCUUGCGAGGGCGUUUGUGCUUGCUCUACGUGCCACGUGAUAAUGUCAAACGAGGUGUUCGACCAACUGCCGGAGGCGAGCGAGGACGAGGAAGACAUGCUUGACCUAGCCUUCGGCUUAACCGAAACGUCGCGACUCGGCUGCCAAGUGAUCGUUACUCCGGAAAUGGACGGAAUAGUGGUGAAACUGCCGGCAGCGACUAGAAAUUUCUACGUAGAUGGCCACGUCCCCCAGCCCCAUUAAGACACUGGUGAUAUUUUUCUGCUGUGCCGCUUUUAGUGAGUCUUUGAAGGAGAAGGCUGGGGGUGCAAUGUUUAGCCCCCCCCUCGCAACGACGAGCUGCCUGUCCCCGUGUCUACCUUCUGAAGGCUUGGUUGGGGGGAGGGGGGUGUAGCACGGGAGGGCGGUCGAGAACCAACCUAAAAAGCGGCCACCUGCCGUGAGAAACGAAGUGUUCCUACAACUUACAUACAAAAAGUAUUUGUUGAAGUUUGAAACGCUGAAUGUUUCGCCGUGUUUUUGACACCACAGCCCUUUGAGCGAUGCAGGCGGUUUCUGGCCGCCCGUCGACCGGCACGCCGAGGAGAUACGUGACGUAGAUAAGUCUUGCGGAACGCCGUAUCGGCGCACCUGUCUCUGUCGUUGGUCCUCGAAGCGUCCUGCGAAAGACUCUGUGCCGUUCGUUGACUUCUUUUUCGCACAUCGCACACUUUGGGGCAUCCGGUGCAAGGGGCAAGGCGGGGAGGGUGUUUUAGAAACAACGUCAGAGAUUUUACGUCGAGGUCGUCAGGCGGUAUGCACGUGGCCUUUUUCUUCCACUCUUUCUUUCUGUCGUUCUUUCUUUCUUCCUGUUUCCCGUUGCCAUCUGCCUGCUCGAGGGGUUGUCGUGCGAGGUAUGCCGAUUGCGGUUAUACAUGGGAAAAUGAAGGCUGGGGGUGUUGGGAUCAAAAUAAUUGACGGGUGUGGCGGACGGGGUCUGUCCGGGAUACUUUACGGAGCCACUUUUUAAGGCGUUUCUUGAUUUUCGAAAUUAAGUGGGCGCUGUCUCUCAAUCUCUGACUUCUGGUUGGUGCUUCUGUCGGUCGAAACGAGCGAGGUUCUCGCCCGUUAUUGCGACAGACUUUCCCCGUUGGGAUUGCCAAGUCGAUACAUCGGUAACUACUCGAAGUAGCACUUUUUGUGGAGGACAGGGGUAUUGCAGUCUAGAGGUGAUUCUUCCACGAAGGUCACCCAAUACCUUGAGCCCGCCAAAAUCCAUCUGUUCAAAUCUUUAGCAGGGAUGGGUGUAUGGCGCAUCAAGGGGGGGGUUGACGUGAGGGCAGGUGUGUGUGGAGGUGGCGUUGCAUAUUAAACUGGUGAUAAAAAAGGACUGUAAGGUACGGUCUGAGCGGAGUAAAUUACUGAUCGUUGAACACC